AUGUUUCUAGCCAACCAUAUCGGACAGAAUAUAAUAGAUCUCAAUAACUACGUAUUUUAUACUGCAUACAACGUUCAGUGGUAUAGAGCUCCGUUACAUAUACAAAGAAUGAUAUUGUUUCUAUUACAAAGAAAGGCUAAGGCGUUUACUCUGAAUGUCGGUGGAUUAUUUGAUGCGUCUUUGGAGAGUUUUGCCACGUUAAUAAAGAUUUCGGUAUCUUAUUUUACUGUCAUGUAUUCCACGCAGUAA